UUUGGCAGUCGCAUUGGUUAUUGUCCACAGACCGCAUGGAUUCAGAAUGCUACAUUGCGUGAUAAUAUCACUUUUGGCCAACCAUUCGAGAAGGAUAGAUAUUGGCGCAUUAUUGAAACUGCUUGUCUACUUCCAAACCUCCAACUGCUCCCAGAUGGGGAUUUAACUGAGAUUGAAGAAAAGGGAAUCAACCUCAGCGGAGGCCAAAAGCAGAGAGUAAACAUUGCUCGUGCUCUGUACUUUGAACCUGAAAUUGUUAUAUUUGAUGACCCGCUCUCGGCAGUCGAUGCUAAUGUUGGAAAGUCCUUAUUCCAAGAUGCUAUCGUGGGUGCCCUGCGAAAUCGUGGUGUUACUGUCAUUCUGGUCACGCAUGUGAUCCAUUUCCUCUCUCAAGUAGAUUACAUCUAUACCCUGAAUGGUGUUUUCAUGGUGAGUGGGACCUAUGAGGAUCUGGUC